AUGCAGCAGUUUAUGGGAGAAUUACCGUCACCUCGCGUCUCUGUUUCGCGUCCCUUUUUGAAAACUGGAGUAGACUACUUUGGCCCAGUCUACAUUCGACCAGCACCUAGACGAGCAGCCGUGAAGGCCUAUGUUUCGGUCUUCGUGUGCUUCUGCACCAAGGCCGUUCACCUGGAGCUGGUUUCUGAUCUCUCCACGGACCGAUUCUUACAGGCCUUGCAACGGUUCAUUUCAAGGAGAGGCAGGUGUUCGGAUAUCUAUUCGGACAAUGGUACGAACUUUGUCGGUGCACGGAACAAGCUAGGAGAACUCUACAGAUUGCUGAGGGAUCAUACCCAUCGUGAAAAGGUUACGAGUGAAUUGGCUAAAGAUGGCAUCCAAUGGCAUUUUAAUCCGCCCAGCGCGCCACAUUUCGGUGGACUUUGGGAGGCUGCAGUCCGGUCGACCAAGAACCAUCUCAUUAAGGUGAUUGGCGAAACACCGGUCUCAGCCGAAGAUUUCUCCACGCUUUUGACACAGGUCGAGGCAUGUCUAAACUCCCGCCCUUUUGACACCGAUGUCCGAUGA